AUGGGCGCCAGUAUCUCCAAGAACGACACGGACGCAGCCGUUGUGGACAAUGGGGUUGAACCAACGACCUCCUCCUGCACCUCUUCGCAAACCGAUUUAACAUCGAUAAAUGAUCUCCAGCCAUCGUCAUCUUCAGCGCCUUCUACGCCUUCGAUUGAGUCCACGGUGGAAUGUCACCGGCUCCCUCCGGUAGAGAGCCGAGAAACAGUGCGACACCAGGCCUCCUUCAUUCGUUGUUGGCAACCUUUAGACGAUGCUGGGGACUUAUACGAGGCUGGACCGGCUAACCAAACAACGCCCUCGGCCAACACAAAUGGCAACAGUGAAGAAAUAUCGCCGAUUCGAUUCAGUACACCCGCAGAAGGACUGCAAGAGACUUCUUUCGAUGAUAUUCUCGCCAAACAGAGUGCAUCACCAACGAAUACGCAAGGACUAUCCUCGUCAAUCGAACAGUCUAAAAAAAAGUGCCACCUUGUUGUCACAAGCAAAGCUAUCGAGAUUGCGCUACAUCGAUCGGACUCUUCUGAAAAUAAUUAUUUACAACAAACCCAAGUCCAGGCAUCAUCACUUCGACACCCUCAUGAUACGUUAGAGGAAGGCGCUGGAUGGUCAUUCACGAAGAAGGAAGAGUCAAAGGACAAUUUCAAGUCGACUCCAUAUCAGUCACACCAUUUGUCUUCUGCCUCAGGCACGACUUUUGUGAAUGAUGAAUUUCCCAUCAAUCAUUUGGAGCAGAAGAACUUUCCUCUGUAUCAAGAUGAAGUGUUCAAGGCCAACGAUCAGCUCAAUAAAGAUGAGAUUGAUCAGCUGCUGCCUAGAGAAUUAUCAGAUCACGGGGAAGACGAAAACCUAGUCAGGAACUUGACUUUGAUGCAGCCUGGAAAUAUCGUCCUGUUCAAAGCAGUUCGAGCUUUUGACCAAUUACCAUCGGAACUUGACCAUGAAGAAGAGGAUGAGGAGCUUAAAGAAGCUCGACAGUGGAUGUUAAGAGAUCAAGCGGAGGGAGCUGAGCGCAGUAGAAUGCUACGUGAAAAGGCAUUGCGGCGUCGAAGUCACCAAGAACCGUUGACGAGUCCAACUCUUGUCGAAGCCGAAUUGUAUUGCCCGCGAGUAUCGAGUCCUUCUCUCCUCAAGGAUGACAGAACCUCAGAUGCUCGUUUGAGUCAUGCAGAUAUUCCUGAUACCGCCGACGUCCGCACAGAUCACCCUUCUGACGAGCAACUACUCUGUGAGGUCAACGAUGAUCACGAACUGAACAGGGUACACCCUCCGCGAAGUAUGUCUGGUCUUGAUCUACUAGCUAUGAAAUGUGCCGAUGAUUUGAAUAUCUCAAUCCCAAGCAGAACAGAAACUCGAGACUCCAGGCCAAAAGUAUCGAUCCCCGUAAAGGCCGGUCCAGAUAUUACCCUACCGCCAAAUUUUGAUGCGUUGGGAGAAGAAGAGCAAAGUAUCGUGGUGAAUCAUGAGACCGCAAAGGAAAGGAAACGAGAUCUCGAUGCGAUCCAAAAUGCAAUGUACUGGACAGGCUGCCUUCGGUGCUGUGGAUUGUUCAGUGAUAGAGAUCGAAACGAGGUUAAAGAGCUUCGCGAAUUCAUAAGUCUUAUCGUGGACCAAGAUGAGAGUAAUAGGUUCACACGAAGGCGAGUACAAGAGAUACGACAGAAUAUGAAGCGACGAGCUGGGAAAUUUGAGUUGCCGCCUUCGGAAGAUAUCUGUGGUUGGCAGGCAAGACUAUUUCCAGGGAGACUUGAUCGUUUAGAUGCAGAAAUCGAGAAGGCGAACGAAGAAGUCCGGCAGUUUGGUGCUCUUCGCCUAGACAAAUCGACAAAGCGGAAGCACAGUGACCGGAAACCCCGGAAGAACAAGCCUCGUUUGACCGAUCCUGCGGAGCGCCGACAGGCAAAGGCAGCCAAGGCCGACCAGCUCCGUGAGAGGAUAAAGGAGCAGUUGAAGCUCUUCGACGACACUGAAGUGCCUGAGAUUCUCGAACUCCCUGAUCAGACGGCAUUUAUUGAUCAUGAUCAUAGUAACAGCGAAGAGAGCGAGGAAGAGGAGGGUGCUGAAUUUGUAUAUGGCGCAGGACGAAACGCGGCAAGCUCCAGCUUCACCACUCCAGCGAGCGUCACGAACAUCACCAACCGCCAAAGUCAGAACAUUUCCCACGAUAUUAACGAGAUCAAUAGGUUGGAGAAUGCUCGACAGAGAAGUUGUCAACCGCAGAAUCCUCAGGAUAUGGGAGCGUCAGCGUCAGCGACAGCGGUAUCAGCGACAAGUCAAGCUUUUGAUGGCGAGUUGCUCAAAAUGAUGCAAGCGAAGAAGGCCCUUCAAGACCUUGGGAUUGAUUCUGCUGUGAUCAAAGCAAACAUUGAGACUCGGCAAACCACCGACUCUUCAUCUGAGACCUCCGAGACAUCCGACGGUGAUGAUACUGAAGACGAUCAGCAAGUAUUUCAGUACACGGUUCUGGGCAAUUUCGCAGGCCUGCCCAACUUCAAAGCUGGGGACAACUACGUGUUCAAGAGAACCUAUAACCUUUUGUCGGCCGAGACUCGACUUAAGCAAGUUAUCCAAGAUGUCAGUACUCAAUUCGCACCUGAGGGAGGGUAUCAGGGGGGCAAUUGGUCCUUGAACACAAGCUACCGUCAUGGCCUAAUUGAACAAUACUUUACGAUCGGUGAGGACGUUGAUGUGGAAGCUAGGGUAUGGAUCGAGAAGAAACAAGUCAAUAUCGACAAGCGACUCUUUCGACGAGCCAAGGCUGGAAAGCUUGGAGCCCAGAAUAUCCAUUACAUCGUUGAAUGGGAGAAGACUGUAUCGUUUGUUGUCGAUGGGAACGACAGCGACGUGGAGGGCGAUGCGGUCUAUUCAGGGACUACUACUAUCGAUGCUAGUAGCUCACCAGCAACUGCGAGUGUCAUCGCAGUGCAAGAUGAAGAUUUAGACGAUGACCUCGACAGCCUAUUUGGAGAUGACUCAACGGUCGCACCACAACAAAAAAGUGAUCUUGCCCCUGCGUCUGUCCCAUUGGGCCACUUGGGUACUGUCACGACCACAAUGCCACGAGAAGAAAUGAAGACAUACACCACAUCCGUCCUAGCCAAUCGGCACGCCAAAGAACACUACAUGGCUUGGUACGCGAGGUUUUUCCCUGGUGUAGCAAACGAAGGGUACAGAAGAGUGGAAGAUGAGGCCGUCGAGAAAGAGCUGGAGAGCAUGGGGACGUGGGGAUUGUGGAGUAGAGAGGAGAGCUUCACGCGUCGUGCACACCGGGAUGAAGAUGGCGAUGAGAUGAUGGACGGGGGAGACGAAGAACGAGUCCAGGAGAAAUUCAAGGUCUGGGUGAGGAAAGUCGAGGUCCUGGGACCGCGAAAUUGA